AAAAGAUUCCCGGUGUGGCACGCCGCACGCGCAUACUUUCCACCGGGUUUUUGGGGGAUUUAUUUCUCCAGGCAGGUAAUAUAACAAUCAUCGCGCAUAAAUAGGCAGUUUGGUUAGCCCUGCCCUGUCCCAGAGAGAGAGAGAGAGAGAGAGAGAGAGAGAGAGAGAGAGAGAGAGAGAGAGAGAGAGAGAGAGCGAGAGAGAGAGAGAGAGGAUUAGUGGACACCUUUGCUCAGGCUCUCAGACCAACUCGCAGCCAUGGCCGAGAGUUCAGAUAAAGUGCCCAUCGCUUUAGCGGGACCCGAGGACCUGCAACAGUUUAUGCCACCUGCAUACACUGCCGUGGCAGUUAAACCGGUGGCCACCGGCCGCCUGCUGAAGUCCGGGAUUGUGGUUUUGAUCGCCGGGGCAAUACUGCUGCUGUUCGGGGCUAUCGGAGCUUUUUACUUCUGGAAUAAUAACGACAAACAUGUCUACAACGUCCACUACAGCAUGAGUAUAAAUGGUAAGGUGGAGGAGGGCUCUAUGGAGAUUGAUGCUACCAACAACAUGGAGAGGUUCCGUACUGGGAGUGGAAACGAGGAGGCAGUGGAGGUCCACGACUUCCAGAUUGGUAUAACUGGUAUCCGUUUUGCUGGAGGAGAGAAGUGUUACAUUAAGACCCAGGUCAAAGCUCAUCUGCCUGACGUGGAAACACUCAACAAAGACUCUCUUCUGUUCGACCUGGAGGAUGAGGUGAUGCCUGCUAAGUUUGAGGAGGACUCUCUGAUCUGGGUGGCGGCUGACAUGCCCCUCUCUGACCCCACCUUCCUCAGCUCCAAGAUCCGCGAUUUGUGUGGAGACCUGCCAAUCUUCUGGCUCCGCCCUACCUACUCCAACGGUGGACAGAGGAAGAGGAGGGCAGCCCCUCGGCAGCGCCGCCAGGCACCCGGGGCAGAGGAGGAAGUGGAUCCGGAAGCAGAAUUUAACCCUGAGAAUCCCUAUCAUCGUGGUCUGGAGGGCGAGGAGGGCACAAUGACCUUUGAUCCCAUGCUGGACCACCAGGGCGUGUGCUGUACGGAGUGCCGGAGGAGCCACACCCAGUGCCAGAGGAUCUGUGAGCCCCUGGGCGGGUUCCAACCCUGGCCCUACCACUACCGCGGGUGCAGGGUGGCCUGCAGAGUCAUCAUGCCCUGCCGCUGGUGGGUGGGUCGCAUCCUGGGCAUCCUCUAAACACUCCCUGCCUAGACCUGGAGUGGUAGAAUCCAGAGAAAGACAGGUGGUGGAGAGAGAGAGGGGAAAGAAAAACAGAAGGGGGGGAGAAGGGGGUAGAGAGGGGAGCGAGGGAGAAAGAGAGAUAGGUCAACACCAAAUUGAGUAAUUAGCUUGGCUAGGUAUAGUGCAGUUCACUUAGGAUUUGGGCAAGGGAGGGAGAGAGACAAGGACUAUUUUUUAAAGGGGAGCGAGCAAACAAUCAAUCAAGGAUAUUCAGUUUUCAACCAUAACAGAGAAAUAUGUAUGCUGUAACACAUACGGUAGGUAGGCUACAAUACCAUAAGUUGCAUAUCAUUAUUCAUACCAUACUCUUAAGAGUACCUGCAUACUACAUACCCUGUGAAGACAUCAACCUGUCUGAUCUUGUCACCCUUUUUGUAUAUUGUAUAUCAAUAGUUAUAUCUUAUUAGUGACUGACAUGACGGAUAGUGAUGUGUAAACUUACCUUUCAGUUUUUCCCUUUGCCUUUUGAUGGAAAUAAAUGUAAGCCAUAACAAGUAUUCUGUAGGCAGAAGUUAAAGUAAAUGAGUUGGACUAGACUGUCAGCUGUGCGUGUCUGUAGCUAUUCAUCACGCUAGUGAGAAAUGUUUCUGUCCUCCAGACCGUUGUUACUCAUUUCCCAACAGUUUCUCCAGAUGUAGAGCCUACUAACAUCUACUGUACACUGUCUGGUAUUCUCCUUAAAACACUGCGUAUUCUCCAUCAGCGUUAAUUAACUAUUUCAAAGUGCAAAUUCAAAUGAAUAAAUGGUAUUUUAAGUAA